AUUCUCUCUCAUAGUACUGUGCGUGGUACAUGCUUACUGUAAUCAAUAAAAGUGUCUUCUAUAAAUACAUUACUUAAAUUAACUUAUAUUAAUACAUUAAUUAAACAAUACUUGAUUAAAAGUGUCUUUUAUUAAUACACCAAUCUUUUCCUCUGCUCUUUAAAGAAGCCCGCGGCUCUUAUUAUUAACAUUUUGGUGCAUCGGCCGGGAAAGAGCAAUGAAGUGAAAAAGAAAUUCGUGCAAAGUGAACAAAAGCAAAUUGCAAAAUAAAAAAUAAAGUGUUGAACUGAUACAGUGAAAAUUGUGGCAUUGAUUACGGUGUGCAGUUUGAGUGAAUCACAUAUGAUCGAGCUGAAAAACAACGAUAUAUGUGAUAAUUGUCUAAGAACAAACUGAGUGAAUGGCAAUAUCCGCCAUUACUCGCUUCAUUGCGAUAAGCGCGUAAAGACGGCUUAUCGAAACGUCGAGAAUUUCGGCAUUCUCAUGCUCACAUCCUGUCUUGUUGUCUCUCUGUCCUUCUUCUAUGCACGCACAGUUUAGAAGCUCCAAACCGAGCAAGGCCAAUGGAGACGUCUCGCAAAUAGACUUGCGCACUUGAUCUGCUGGUACGCAGUUCAUCUCUUGCUCUCGUUAUCUCUCUUUACCUACAGACGGUAUAAUUUCGGUCGCAGAAUAUACACCUGCGUUGACAUUGCCACUAAAGCCAUUCGAUAUAGUACAGUGAAAUAAUAGAAGAAAACUGAUACUAUACAGAAGCAAACUACACUUUGUUCAACAUGUCUACGAAAGAGGAAUUAGUGGCAGAACAACAAUCCUUGAUUCUCAAACUCUCAAAGGCACUAGAUAAUUUAAAAAAGACUCCAUCGGAGCGUAAGAGUGAAACUCACUUCAAUAACCGCAGAGCAGUAAUAGUCCAACAUUGGACCACAUUUUAUGAAAACGAUCGAGCCAUAAACCGUCUUAAAAAUGUUGCAAACGAUGAUUAUAUAACAAAGGAGUGGUUUGCUGAAGCUGAAGAAAUAUACAUGGAUUCGGUGGUGCUCAUAGACAACGCCAUCGAACAAUUACGUCGACAAGCACAACAAGCUCAACCGCUGAUUCCUCCGACGAACGAAUCCAGCUCUACAAUCCAAGCAGUAUCGCAGCAAAUUCAAAUGCCCAAGAUAGAUUUGCCGAAGUUUGACGGAAACCCUCUCGAGUGGAAAUCUUUCAAGGACCAGUUUAAUGCGUUGGUUCACACGGUUGGUACAAUUGACAACACGCGUAAAUUUUUAUAUUUAAACUCUUGUCUGUCCGGUGAAGCCGCUGACGUCAUUGCAAAUUACGAAAUAACGUGUCAAAAUUACUUAUCUGCAUUUCACGAUUUAAAGGAACGGUAUGAUAACAAUCGAAUACUGUCGGGAGCAUGCAUGAGAAAAUUAUUCGAUUUGGAGCAAAUGAAAGGCUCAAGUGCACAUGAUUUAAAACUAAUCCUAAACGCCUUUAAACAAAUUAUUCGUGCAUUUGAUGGACUAGGAAAACCAAUUGAUGUGUGGGACGAAUGGUUUGUGUUUCUUCUCUCUGAAAAAUUAGAUAAACAAACUAGCAUUCAUUGGGAAACUUCUCUUGGCGAUAGCAAAGCCGUUCCUACAUUUAAACAAAUGACCAACUUCUUAGAAAAUAGAAUGCAUGCACUUGAAAAAGCAAACCAAUCUGCAAAGUCAAAAUCAAAUUCCAAUGUAACAAACGCAAACCAUAGAUCCACAAAUCAAAAGGGUAAUAAUAAUAAUAAUGCUAAUGUCUCUCAAAUAAACAGACAAAAUACUUGUACUUAUUGUUCAGAAAGUCAUGUAACCGGUAAAUGCAGUAAAUUUAAAGCGUUAAUUCCGAGCAAGCGAAAAGAACAUGUGACUCAAAACAGACUGUGCUUUUUGUGCCUAAAAUCUGGGCAUAGCUCUCAAGCAUGCACUUCAUCAUAUAGAUGUAACGAUUGCAAGAGCAAGCAUCACAUACUACUGCAUGAUGCACUCAAUAGUAAUUCCUCAAAUAAACGAGCACAGACAGCACAGUCUGAUAUUGAAAUAAAUUCCUGCGUUGCUAAUAGUGUAACACCGAAUAAAAUUAUUGCAUGCGCGAAUGAUAGUAUAAGAACAAAAAACAAAUCAGUAGUGCUGUUAACUACUGCACAGGUGAGGCUCGUGACUCGGUCUGGCAAAGCUAUUAUAGUUCGAGCAGUUCUUGAUUCUGCAUCGAACACGUCUUUCAUUACCAAAAAAAUUGCAGAAAAAUUAAAAUUACCAAACUGGCCUAUUAAAGCAGAUUUAUUUGGUAUCCUUGGCAUGAAUGCGGGUACAGUGGCACGUGAAACGACAUUCUCCAUUAGCCCGACGGACAAUCAUCAAGUACAGCUACCAGUGACGGCUCUCAUCAUAGACAAGAUAACUCAGGAUACACCAAACGCCCCAGUAAAAAAUUACAAUUGGCCUCAUUUGACGGGAUUGACGUUGGCGGACCCUAGUUAUGCAACACCAGGCACCAUCGACUUACUCAUUGGUACAGACCUUACUGGUUUCAUUUUCAAAGAUGGUGAGCGACAAGGAACGUUGGAUGAACCAGUGGCCAGGCUAACCAUUUUCGGAUGGGUGCUCAUGGGAAAAACGCAUCCGCCCAAAUCAAAUAACUGUACCAAGAUCACUGAAUCAAGGACAGUGACAUGCUGUACUGCAUUUAAAGCAGACUUAUUCUGGGAUACAGAGGUGCCUCAGAAAUCUCAUACCGAAGUCAAACCAAUUACUUGUUUAACAAGUAGUCACAUUAUCAGCAAUAUAAAUGAGCAGAGCUCUCAUGAUUCUAAUCAAUGCGUUGGCUGCGAUUUACAGAAAUUCUGGGAAAUAGAUGAUCUUCAUGAGUCAGCUAUUCCCUCUGAUGACGAUAUUCAAUGUGAAAGAAUAUUUGCUGAGUCUGUUCAGCGUGAUGCAACAGGUAGAUACGUGGUACCACUGUUGUUUAAGUUAGAUCCAAAUAAACAUUUAAAAUCUAACUUCUCUACUGCCAAAAAAUGUUUCACUCAUCUCGAGACAAGAUUAAAAAAUGAUAAAAUGUUAAAUAACAAGUACAUUGAAUUUAUGACUGAAUACGAGUCUCUCAAUCACAUGAAUGUGUCACAUAUCUCAAAUGAAAUCGGGUAUUUCAUACCACAUCAUGGAGUUUUUAAGACUCAUGAUAACAGUAAUAAGUUACGUGUUGUGUUUAAUGGCUCAUCAAAAACUUCGUCAAAGUAUUCACUGAACGACUGCUUAUAUGCAGGUCCAAAGCUUCAAAAUGAUAUAUGGAUUGUGUUAACUCGAUGGAGACUUCACAAAGUGGCCUUUACUGCUGACAUAGUCAAGAUGUAUAGACAGAUCCUGGUAAAUAACAACGAUCGAAAGUGGCAACGAAUCGUGUGGAAAAGUCAAGAGUCUGAUGAAAUAGUGUCAUAUGACCUCAAUACAGUAACGUAUGGAUUAACGUCAUCGCCAUUUCUCGCGUUGCGAGUAUUGCAACAAUUGGCCAAUGACGAAGGAAAAAACUAUCCAAUGGCAGCUGAGAUAUUAAAGCACGACUGCUACGUGGAUGAUUUCUAUGCAGGAGCUGACAGUGUUGAAGAAGCACUCUCAAUUCAACGUGAGCUGAUUAGUAUUCUCAGGGCUGGCGGUUUUGAAUUGAGCAAGUGGGCAGCGACUGAUUCAAAAUUACGCAUUGAAAAAAAGGAUUUGAACAAAUCAAUACCAACAGCCGAAGGAAUAUCUGCCUUAGGUCUGUGGUGGAAUUCAAAAGAGGACUGCUUCUCACUACAAGUGUCCCUAUCUCCUAAAUCACGAGAUGCUCCAACAAAAAGAAAUAUUUUGUCGGAACUAUCAAAAUUAUUUGACCCCCAAGGGUGGUUCUCUCCAGUGCUGAUAUUUGCCAAAGUUGUCAUUCAGGAUACGUGGCUGUUAAAUCUUGAUUGGGAUCAGCCAUUGCCCUCAGCACUCGCGGAAAAAUGGGUCAACUUUUAUGAAUCACUAUCACUGUUAGAGAAAAUUACAGUAACUCGAUGGAUAGGCAUAACAAAAUCUACCAACACCAUAGAAUUACAUGGAUUUUGUGACGCAUCUGAACGUGCAUACGCUGCAUGCGUAUACUUACGAGUAUUGAUGCCUGAUGGUACGUAUAAAUCAAACCUACUGAUUGCAAAGUCCCGCGUGGCACCGGUAAAAACAAUGAGCAUUCCAAAGCUAGAACUCUGUGGAGCAGUGCUCUUAGCUGAACUACUACAAAAAAUAAAAGCUGGGCUUCAUCUGGAGUCAGUAAAAACUUAUGGCUGGACAGACUCCAAUGUCGUAUUAGCAUGGAUAUCCAAUCAUGCAUCGAAGUGGACUCCAUUUGUGGCAAAUCGAGUAUCGAAAAUUCAGUCAAUAUUGACAGCACAAAAUUGGUUUCACGUAUCGUCAGGACACAAUCCUGCCGACGUAGCCACUCGUGGAAUCACCCCUUCACAGCUCAAAAAUUGCCAACAAUGGUGGCAUGGCCCCUAUUGGCUUGAGAAAGAUAUAAUUAAAUAUACGUCAUCUGCGCUACCAAAAAUACCUCCAGAAAGAAAAAAUAACAUAACAAUAUUGACUGCACAAGUGAGCGAUAACAAUAAUAUUUUGACUAGAUUUUCUUCGUAUUCAAAACUAAUCAGAGUCGUGGCAUACAUCAAUAGGUUUACAAAUAAUUGCAAACGAUCGACUGAUAAGCAGUCUUCAUUUAUAACAUCUCAAGAAUUAUUGCAUGCCAAAAAUACAAUAAUUAAAAUUUCACAACGCACAAGCUUCAGUGCAGAAGUCGCAGAUUUGAAUAACAAGAAAUGCAUAAAAAAUGCAUCAAAGCUGUUACCCUUUAAACCAUUUCUUGACAGCAUGGGAAUUUUGAGAGUAGGAGGCCGAAUAGAAAACGCUCCUAUGUUAACUUUCUCAAAUAAACAUCCUAUUCUACUGAGUAAGUCCUGCCCGUUAUCUACUCUUUUGAUAAAUUAUGCACACAGCCAAACUCUUCACGGCGGACCAUCUCAAACAAGAAACUUUGUAUCCUCACAAUUUUGGAUAGUAAAUGGUAGAGCCUUAUAUAACAAGGUGGUGCGAAGCUGUGUGAGAUGUGCAAGACAUGCAAAUCAGCCAAUACAAGCUCAAAUGGCUGAUCUGCCAAGCUGCCGAGUGACAGGAAUCAAACCAUUUUUGACCACUGGUGUAGAUUACGCAGGACCCAUUCGUAUAACGCCAAUUCGAAGACGUAAUCUAAAACCACAAAAAGCUUACAUGUGCCUUUUUGUGUGUACGGCCGUCAAAGCUGUACAUUUGGAAUUAGUCUCCGAUAUGACGUCAACGGCAUUCAUUGCAGCGUUUAAUAGAUUUAUCGCGCGCAGAGGUCAUUGUCAGCUACUCUUGAGUGACAACGGCACAAAUUUUCACGGUGCAGAUCGACAGCUGCAACAAAUGUAUUCGGAAGCGUCGAGCUUUUAUCAUAACACUGCACAAACUCUUGCCAACGUGGGUGUAGAAUGGGCAUUCAUUCCACCGUCUGCACCCCACUUCGGUGGCUUGUGGGAGGCCGGUGUACGUUCAGUAAAGAGCCACUUACGUCGUGUAAUUGGAGACACAGUACUGACUUUUGAAGAAUUAAGCACAUUGCUAUGCAAAAUAGAAGCAUGUCUGAACUCAAGGCCGCUCACUGAACUCAGCUACAAUCCUAAAGAUAAACUACCACUUACUCCAGGACAUUUUUUGGUUGGUGAACCCACAAGAUCCAUACCUGAACCAAAUUUAAUCAAUGAAAAAAUAUCACCUACCAAUAGAUGGGAUAUGAUUUCAAAACUACGAGACAUAUUUUGGGAACGGUGGAGAAAAGAAUAUCUCCAAACAUUACAAAAACGAGUCAAAUGGCUCCGACCGCAACCCAAUGUACUGAAGGACUCUAUUGUUCUAUUGAUCGAAGAAAAAGUACCUCCGUCACAAUGGCCACUAGGUAGAGUCAUCGAGACAAUCAAAGGAAAGGAUAAUAUAGUUCGUGUAGUAAAAAUAAAGGUUGGAUCAAAAAUACUAACUCGCCCAGUGGUGAAACUCUGUUUGAUGCCAAUACCGACACCACGAGCUUCACCUGAUCAAUAACAUUAACUUACCUACUUAAAUAGCAACAUAAUUAUAAUUAUAAUUAUCUACGAUCCAUAGUAAUGUUAAUUCAAAUUAGUAUGAUGUAUACUUGUAACAUAAAGAUAAACUAUUGUACGUAAAAUGUAUUAUGCACGUGUAUCAUAUAAAACUAUUUAUUAUAAAUCGUAUGUAUCAAUGCCUGUCUCCGACCGGGCUGGCGGUAUGUUUGAAAAAGGUACGAGCGAGCACGAGUGACGAAUGUGUGUGAGUGGGGGGAGAGUCCCGGCUCUCGGUGUGUGCUGUGCUGUGCGCUGUGCGUAUGCCUAAUUAUUCUCUCUCAUAGUACUGUGCGUGGUACAUGCUUACUGUAAUCAAUAAAAGUGUCUUCUAUAAAUACAUUACUUAAAUUAACUUAUAUUAAUACAUUAAUUAAACAAUACUUGAUUAAAAGUGUCUUUUAUUAAUACACCAAUCUUUUCCUCUGCUCUUUAAAGA